AUGAAGUUCCAACUCCUUCCUCUCGUUGCUCUCCUCGCAGCUCAUGCCUACGCGGCAUGCGGCCCUGACGAGACCGAGCUCUUCGACCUCCAGGUUACCACUGGCACAAGUCAAUGUUCCAACUUUGGCUGUUUCAAAGCUUGCACUUUUCCCGACGGAAGCGGUUCAUGCAACGGUUGCACACAAUCAGUCUCUAAUGACCACAUUCGACCACUCGGCGGUAGCUACUGCUGCAAAGGACCUCUCACAGGCCAGACCAACACCUGCAUUACUGGUUGCCCCGCAGAGAAGCAGAAGAACAAGAAGUUGAAAGGCUACAAUGUUCUACGAGGCUACGGCUGCUUCAUCUCGGCAAAAUCACCAAACGACUGGGCUGGCGUAACGUUUACCCAUAUACCAAUAUACCAGUAUUGCCUUAGUCAAUCAGUUCAAAUGCAUACAUGGAAGCGUUUCCGGAUGCAAACAGUUGCUGGCCCCAGACUGAACCUUGUACCCAUUGAUAUGAUUCGGCCUCCAGAGUGGUCAUUCUACCACUCAGAAACUCAGUCAUCGUCUCCCUCAUCCCUUGCCAAGAGCUUCUGUCUACAACCCAAACGCAUUCUUGCGGGUACCUCUUCCAGAAUUGCUUGCCCUUUCGUCUACUUCUUUGCACUGUUUCUCUGUGCCGUCAACCAAAACAGAUUCCGUAAGCAAUGA